GAACAAGAAAUUCUUUUUCUAUUAAAGUUUAUUUUUAGGGACCAUGUAUGCCAUUAUAACAAUACAAUGGGGCUAUUGACGGCCAUUGCAAGAAAGUAGAAACACUUCCACUUUCAAAUUAAAACCCCAGUAAACCCUAAUUUGCAUCUCUAGAUCAUCGACGAGAAUGGCUACUCCCGAAACCUCCCGAGAACCCUGCCCAGAUCGCAUCCUUGAUGACAUCGGAAGCGCCUUCGGCAUGGGAGCCGUUGGAGGUUCGGCUUUCCAUUUCCUGAAAGGCGUAUACAACUCACCGAGAGGGGAGCGUUUCAUCGGCGGUGCACAAGCACUCCGUAUGAACGCACCACGUGUUGGCGGAAGCUUCGCCGUAUGGGGCGGCCUGUUCUCAACCUUCGAUUGCACCAUGGUUUACGUUCGCCAGAAGGAGGAUCCAUGGAACUCGAUCAUCGCCGGCGCCGCCACAGGAGGCUUUCUUCAGAUGCGCCAGGGUUUCCGCCCCGCCGCUCGAUCUGCUCUUUUUGGUGGCGUUCUGUUAGCCAUGAUUGAAGGGGCUGGGAUCAUGCUUAAUAAGUUUAUGAGCGCUCAACAGCAGAUGCCUGUGAUGAUCGAAGAGGCGCCACAAUCAGCUCCAAAUAUGACUCCAGGGUUUAAUUUGCCUAAUCAAGACUCGCAACCUGAGAUAACACCUUCAUCUUGGUUUGGUGGCCUGUUUGGCGGCAAACAAGAGGAAGAGAUUCCGAAGGUGAAGACUGAAGUUCUGGAGAGUUUUGACUCCCCAUUGCCACCGACUUUUGAGUUCAAGUAAAUGUGAUUUUGCUCGAAUGAGGUGAUAUUUUUCCGAAUUAGCUACUCAAAUUUCAUGUUCUAAUUAACAAGGGCUUGGUUUCUUAACCCGUUUAUUCUUCUUUGAUUCUUAUACAUUAUACUAAUAGUAGUAGUAUUUUUGUUGAAAUAAGUUGUGAUUACAUUCAUCUUCAUGCCAGCCUCGGCUGAUUUUCUCCGUUCUUGAGUUUGGAAACGGUAUGUGUAUAUGACAUGAUUCUUUAUCAGAUACCAUUGUUAUUAAUCA